AUAUUAACUACUCAUGACACAUGUGGUCUGUUUAGUUCAUUCGGUGGAAGUAGCUCCAGUAUACAGGCACUAGAAGCCCAGCGGUCCACCCACCCCCAAACAACCCACUCUGACAACCACUCCCAGACAACUUGUUUUUCUGCAAGUGUGAAAAAGACGCUGCAAAGCUGUUACUUUGUCUUUCGGUUUGCAGCAAUAAAAAGGAGACACCACGUGGAAACAGCAGUGGAACAGACAUCAUGCUGGGUUCUUUGGUUCUGGUUUGGAUUUGUAUCUUCCUCGUUUUCCUCUUCAUCAGGAUUCAAAGGCCCAAGAACUUUCCUCCUGGACCCAGACCCAUACCCAUAUUCGGGAACCUGUUACAGCUUAACAUCUUAAAUCCUCUGAAAGACUUUAAGAGGUUGGCUCGGCGCUAUGGGAAUGUUUACAGCCUGUAUAUUGGCAGAAUACCAGCAGUGGUUCUUAAUGGUUUUAAGCCCAUAAGGGAGGCUUUGGUGACCAAUGCUGCAGACUUUUCUGGACGCCCACAGAACCUCAUGGUCAACAGCGUAUCACAGAGAAAUGGAUUCGUAUUUGCUGACUAUGGCCCUUCAUGGAAGGAGCACCGUCGCUUUGCUCUCAUGACCCUGAGGAACUUUGGCCUGGGGAAGCAGUCUAUGGAGAAGAGGAUUCUGGGAGAGGCUGAACACAUUGUUGCACGCUUGGAGAAGUGUACAGGCUCAUAUAUGAAUCCUAAGACUUUGUUCCAUGAUGCUGCAUCAAAUAUCAUCUACCUGGUAUUAUUCAGCACGCGCUUCGACUAUGAGGAUGAAACUCUCAAAGAGUUUGUUCGAUGCUUCACUGAAAAUGCAAAGAUUGUUAAUGGACCCUGGUCAAUGAUCUAUGAUACACUUCCUGUGGUCAGAGCCCUUCCUCUUCCCUUUAAGAAGGCCUUUCAAAAUUACAGGACAGUUAAACAAAUGGUGACAGACAUGAUAAACAAGCACAACACAACAAGACUAUUAGGGGAGCAAAGAGACUUUGUCGACUGCUACCUAGACCAGCUUAAUAAAGAAGAAGAGGGUCGAUGCUCUUUUGAUGAGGAGCAUCUUGUGGGGAUGGUCAUAGACCUGCAUGGUGCUGGGACAGACACCACCUCCAACACCCUGCUAACAGCAUUCCUCUACCUCAUGACUCAUCCAGACAUUCAAGAGAAAUGCCAGCAGGAGAUCGAUGAGGUUCUGAAGGGAAAAGCUCAGGCGUCUUUUGAGGACAGACACAACAUGCCAUACACACAGGCUGUGAUUCAUGAGUCUCAGCGCAUCGCAGACACCGUCCCUCUGAGUGUGUUCCACUGUACCACGAGAGAUACUCAACUCAUGGGCUACAGCAUCCCAAAGGGCACUCUCAUCAUCCCCAAUCUCUCCUCAAUACUGAGUGAGGAAGGCCAGUGGAAGUUUCCACAUGAGUUCAACCCAGCCAACUUCCUGAAUGAGCAGGGACAGUUUGAGAAACCUGAGGCCUUUUUACCCUUUUCUGCUGGGCCUCGGAUGUGUCUUGGUGAGGGCCUUGCUCGCAUGGAGCUGUUCCUCAUCUUGGUCACCCUGCUGCGCCGGUUCCAGUUUGUCUGGCCUGAAGAUGCAGGAGAACCAGACUUCACUCCUGUAUAUGGAAUCACAGUCACACCCAAGCCAUACAGGAUGGGGGUCAGGCUGAGACAGAUACCUGGAGAAAUGUAGAAAUGAUUAAACUUUCUUUUUUUGCCUGCAUAGGAUUUCAUCAGGUUAAAAAUAAAUCAUAAUCACUUCAAAUUUG